AUGGCCCCCUCCAUGCUGUUUCCAAUCGUGCUACUCCUCGCACUGCUGGGGGCACGCCUCCCGAGCGACUCCCAUCCAUUUGCAGAUGCUGGAAGCACGGAGGAAGUCACACCCGUGGGGGACCUAAACGUGAGCGGUGAAACGGGCCAAUUCGAUGACCUAUCUCACUUCUCCAGAGAGCUAAUUGAGCCUCUUUCGCAUUUCUUGAAGAGUGUCCCCGCCGCAGCGCUCCAAGAGAAGGUGAAGACCCAAGUGGCCAAAGCAGCGGAGAGCCUGGAGUUGCCCAAUCCGGAGGAAGAAGAGUGCGAAAUUAAUUACGCUGAGUUGUGCCCCGAAGGAUGGGGUGACUGGGGAAACGGAGACAACUGCAUAAGUCCUGCUAGCUACCAAGGGCCAUGUAAAAAGAAGAUUCCAUCGUUCGUGAAUUCAACGCCUAGAGAGAAAUUCAACUUCUCCAUCGAGUGCGAUGUGUCAUGGCCAUGCCUGCACAGAUGUAGUGAAGAAGAUCUCCUAGAGCAGUGCCCCGAAAGUUGGACCCUCAAAGGGAACCUCUGCCACGCCCCCAAAUCUUACAGGGGCAAAUGUGUGCGGAAAAAGAUUUUUACCCAUUUGGAGAGUGCAGAAAAAAAGGCAUGGGCAGAGGCAUGCGACAUCAGUUGGCCCUGCUCCAAGAAGAAUUACAACUUUGAUGAUCUCUGUCCGAAGGACUGGAUGCCUAGUCCGGAUGCUACACAGUGCUCCGCGAGUAGCUCUUAUAUUGGACCGUGUGGUCCUGUUUUGUAUGUGUCCCAUCUGAAGGAGGUGGAGAAGAGGUCUCUAAUGAAGAAGUGUAACGUGGAAUGGCCUGUCCGAACGAAUGCGGAGGGGAAGAACGUACAGGAGAAGAACGUACCGCAGCAGGUGUGUCCUCUUGGGUGGACUAUUAGCACCUCCCAGAAGAGGGGAGGAGGGACCACCUGUUCCCCCCCCUAUUCGUACAACGGUCCCUGUGCGCAAAGUGAAGAAAUAAGAAACAUCUCCUUCGACCAUAUGAGCAGGGAAGAGAAGUAUCAACUGUCCCGAAGGUGCGACUUUAUGUGGCACUCUGAAAAUGAGGAGUAUCAAAAUUUCGAGUUGCCUUGUCCUUACAACUGGGUUCUAGCCGAUACAGCAGAUCACAUUUGCAUAGCUCCUGUGGAGUAUACACACCCGUGUAACAACAUUUCCUCCUUCAAAGGUUACACGCACGAGAUGAAGGCUGCCUGGGCCUUCCGAUGUAAAGCCCCUUUCAUUAACGAACAAUCAUUCGGAGGGGGACUCCUAAAGGGUAAACAGAUGGGGAGGAAAUCCAAGAAGGGAAAAAUAGUUGGUCUGAAUAGACAAGUGAGCAAUGGAGGUAUUCUCCUUGCAGAUGCACCUUGGGAGAGGGAUGGUCCCAUAGGCUCCGUCACGUCCAACUAUGAUAGAGGGCAAGGCAAUGCUGCCACCCGUAAGGAGAUCCUUCCGAACCAUGAUGAAUCGUUAAUGCACACAAGGGGGGAGACCUUACCUGUAAGUGAAGGCAGCACUGAGGACCACCCCCACGAGUUUAUCCUAAGCGACCAGAAAAUUACGGAGCUUCUUCUCCUCAAGCAGGCAACGAAGGAUCAUGAGUUACGGAGAAACAUAGAUGACGUUGUGCAGACGUUGAGGAGGGGGCACUCCCCCCGGGGGGCAAACGGAUUCUCCUUUCUACAGGUCACUACCAAGGGGGAGAAGUCGAGCAGGUCGAGAAAGACUCUUCACGAAAAACUCGACGUGGGAUCUUCACCUGUUAGGAAGCAGAAAAAGAAACCGCUGCGAAGGGGGGACGCAGAGGAACAGUCUCCUGUGAGGACUUGGGACGCUCCCCUCACUGCGGAGGCACAAAAUUUAAGCGAAAUUAGAAAGUUGUACCGGAGUUAUCAACUCGAGAAGGCGGACCAGUCAUACUACGAGCACAUCUGCUUCGAAAAAAACUACUCGGAGUGCCCCCUGGGAUGGACUAAAUUGAGUGGCAAGCAGUGCAUGGCCCCAAGUUCGUAUAGAACCAACGUGCACAAGUGCAGCUCCAUGAUAGACCUAAACGAGUUCACCAAAAUGGUGUAUGACGUAGCUCAUGACAUGUCCUUCGUCGCAUUCGAUGAAGAAAGGAUAAGAAAACUAGAGAAAAAAUGUGGUUUGGCAUUUCCCUGCAACGACUGCGAACGGGAUUACGUGCAGGUGUCUUGUCCCCUCGGCUGGACUGAAACGAAUGACCAAUGGUGUGAAGCUCCGGCAGAUUACCCACCACAUUUGAAAGAGCUCUGUGGAGCCCGUGUCAACUUUAAGUAUGCCACUCCACUCAUUCGACGUAACUGGAGCCUUUUGUGUCGAUCCGACUGGCCGUGCUUUUCUCCCUGCGAGAAGAACUACGCGGCGGUGUGCCCCCUUGGGUAUGGGCUGAUAAACGAGCGCCUGGACACCGCUAGCGGGGGGAUCAUUCACGUCUGCGUGAAUAGGAGCUGGGCGCCGAGUAGCACAGAAGUUGUCCGGGCAGAAGUUGUCCCGGCAGAAGUUGGCCGGGCAGAAAUUGGCCGCUUCGAAGCUACCCCCUUAGAGGCUAACCAACCAAAUGCCUGUCUCGUGAUCGAAGUGUACAACAGUGUGGAGAUAAAGAAAGAUAUCGAACGGAGGUGUCGAGUUAUUUGGCCCUGCCUGGAAAAGUGCGUGCAGGAUUAUCACCAGACGUGUCCGUACGACUGGCUCCUCAAGAAGAAUAACUGCAUAGCGCCAUACCAUUACAACCCCCCACAGGGGUGUUCCAAAUCGUUUGCAGUCCGAUCGUUUAGCUCCUUCGAUAAGUACCUCUUCUCAAAUAAAUGUUUCGCUCCUUGGCCAUGUACCAAUGCUUGCCAACAGGACUGGUCCCAACCCUGUCCCGCUGACUGGACUUUGCUAAAACAGAGAAGUGGUAAAAGUACCCUGCAUAGCAAGACAGAGGCCAUUCCUCUCCUUUGCAGACCGCUAAAACGCUACAUGCAGAGGGGUGUGUGCACAGACGAAUACUACGAUUUAACAGACUUCACCUUUCUGCAGAAACAGGAGUUUUCUCAUCGUUGUGGUGUCAGGUGGCCAUGUGGCAGCAGCUCUGGGGUGUCUUCCCCCAAUUGGCAAUCGGAGAAGGUGUACUACGACGUGGGGUUCCAGCGGCUAAGGACGCUGCGUUUUUAUGAUACCCACUACGCUUCGAGGUACGCCAAGUCCGGCAGUUCCUUCUUCUAA